AUGCCCGUGCGAUAUUGCCGCAACCAGCCGUUUUGCAAGUUGUCGAUGUUGUUUUUCCCGUAUUGGAACAAAGUGGUGGGCCGGUUGAUCCCUCAGCAGUUCGGGAUCUUUGUCGGCGCUCGGCCCCGCACGCAGGCUUUAGACAUCGCUCACGCACUGCAGCUUGUCGUCGAGAAGGGCCUCGACGAUUGCAGCAACGCCACUCUUGCCCAGUGCGACGCCCAGACUUACUUUGACGAGCUGAGGGCCCUCCGGAUCUGCAGGUGGCUGGUAACCAGGGGUUGUUCCCCCGAGGACGUGGCGUGUUUAGUGCGUGCUCAGAUGGUGCCCCGCGUGAUCCCCCACGCCGGCGGCAGCGCUGUGCCCAUCGUGAACCGGUCCAAAAGGGGCCUGACAGGAAGCCGAACCGCUCUGAUGCUUGCCCGGAUCCUGGUGGAAGAGGUGAUGAAUGACAGAGCGGAGUCAUGGAAGACUUGGGGGUUCCGCUGCGACGAGUCGCGCCUCAGGGCUGCAUCGUGCAUUGACAACGUGUUCGCUUGCAGCAACACGCCAGAAUGA